AUGGAUAGUCGACCUCAGUCCCCGCCGGGGACAGCCCCCAUGGAUCUUUCCAUGUCUCGAUCGGGACGUCGGCGCGACUCUUUGAGGAGCAGGUUGGAGAGCCCUUCUACAGAGUAUUGCCAAAGUAUGAUCGCUGACCUUCCUAUCAGUGUGAGCGUGGUGUCGGAUGUGGAGAUGGCACGAAACGAGGUUUUUGAUGGCCCUAUUUCCGAAAGCAUCCCGUCCAGCGCCGUGUCUUUUUCCCAUCGCCGUGAUCGAGCGGGAUCAACCGUCAGCUUCACAUAUUUCCAAGACGAGGAAGACUUUGCCGAAUGGUCCAAUGAAGACGCAGUCGAUAUGGGUAGUGAUGGUGAAGAAUUAUCGGUUGAUGAGAUCCACGAAGCGGAUCUUGAGUCUCACCGGGGCUCUUUUGUCUCGAAGAGACUGUCCCGAGAUUCGAUUGAACACCCUCUUCUCUCGCGGUAUCUCUCUGCAAGCUCCUAUGGUCGAGAUCGAAGAACUGGGAGUAGACUCAAUCAGAAGAUUUAUAUUGCAUCAGAAGAUUUGACAGCUGUCUUCGCCGGAUUCUCAACCAGCACGGGCGGGUUGGCUCUCUAUAUAGCGCUGUGCGUCCUAACUGGGGGGUUCGCCUAUCUUUUACUUCGUUGGCUUCCCCGAUGGCGAGUCAGGUUGAUAGGCAAACCAGCUCCAUUAGGGAAGUGCCACUGGAUCGCGAUCGAGGAUCAAUGGAACCAAUUUACUGUCCACGAUGUUAGCAGCCAACCCUAUGACCGGCCGCUAUCCACGGUAUUUGUUGACCCCCAGGGUCAUGCCUACGAUGAAGACCGCGAUCCCAACAUUGCAUCUUUACGUUUCCUUGACUAUCGGUAUCUGCGCUUCUGUUAUCAUCCGGUCGAAGAUAAAUUCGACUUGAUCAGCGGCUGGAAAGAUCCUUCCUGGACCAAUGUGAAGGUCAUGCGAACUGGCCUAGACGCUGAUGAGCGUGAUAGCCGGGAGCAGAUUUUUGGGCAGAAUAACAUUGAUAUUCAGCAGAAGACUGUCCCCCAGCUCCUGGUCGACGAGGCCUUUCAUCCCUUCUACAUGUUUCAGGUGGCAAGCCUGAUACUCUGGUCCAUGGAUGAGUACUAUUACUACGCAAUCUGCAUUUUCCUUAUUUCAGUGUUUAGUAUCGCAACCACCGUACUGGAAACGAGAUCGACGAUGCAUCGACUUCGAGAGAUUUCACUUUUCGAGUGCGACGUGCGUGUUUUGAGGAAUGGAUUCUGCGAAUCUGUUCCCGUCUCCAAAAUUCCCAUGACCGACGAGGCUCUGAAGUAUCUCGAUCUGAGUGCCCCAUCUAUACAUCCAAAUGUGGCCAAGCAUUUUCUAUUCAGUGGAACUAAAGUCAUUCGUGCUCGUCGUCCUCAACACGUAGACGACGACGAAGCUGUUGCUUUGGCGAUUGUUGCCAGAACGGGAUUUUUGACUACAAAAGGAGCGUUGGUUCGAUCAAUGCUAUUUCCUAAACCUUCUGGAUUCAAGUUCUACCGGGACUCAUUCCGCUAUAUCGCCGUAAUGGCAAUGGUUGCCCUUCUUGGUUUCAUUGCUUCAUUUAUCAACUUUGUCCGACUGGGGCUUGCCUGGCAUCUUAUUAUCGUUCGCGCUCUAGAUCUGAUCACGAUUGUCGUGCCACCAGCUCUCCCUGCGACACUUACUAUUGGCACGAAUUUCGCUCUAUCGCGUCUGAAGAAACAACAGAUUUUUUGCAUUAGCCCCCAGAAAGUCAAUGUUGGCGGCAAAUUAGACGUUGUCUGUUUCGAUAAAACCGGAACCCUGACAGAAGAUGGCUUAGAUGUGCUUGGGGUGCGGACGGUUGGUAAUAGCCAAAGAUUCUCGGAGUUGUUGUCAGAAACAUCUGCUGGAGUUCUCCUCGCCCCACCGACAGCCUCUAUGCCGUUUGACCUGGAGAAGCAGCGAAAGAUUGUCUAUACCAUGGCGACAUGUCACUCUCUUAGAGUUGUGGACGACGAACUGCUUGGUGAUCCACUUGAUGUGAAGAUGUUUCAGUUCACAGGCUGGUCCUACGAGGAGGGUGGAGGCCAUCCAUCUGAGCAAAUUAGCCCUCAGUUUGACACGAUCAUACCAUCUGUUGCAAAGCCACCUAUUACACAUUUCGGAGAGAGACAAUCGAAUGGGCCAAAUAUUCCUGUCGAGCUUGGAGUCCUGCGGAACUUCGAAUUCGUCUCGCAGCUUCGCCGUGCGAGUGUGGUUGUUAGGCAGUUUGGUGACAAUGGAGUGAGCUUUUUUGUGAAAGGUGCUCCUGAGAGCAUCAAGGAGAUCUGUGCACCUGAAACUCUUCCGUCCGAUUAUGACGAAUACCUGAACUACUACACCCACAAGGGAUACCGCGUCAUUGCCUGUGCGACCAAGUACGAACGCAAAUUGAGCUGGAUGAAAGUCCAAAAGUUGAGCCGAGCGGAAGCUGAAAGCAACCUUGAGUUUGUGGGCUUCAUCAUUUUUGAGAACAAAUUGAAGCCCAGCACAUCUUCUGUGAUUUCGGAACUCAAUCAGGCUGGAAUCCGCAAUGUCAUGUGCACUGGAGACAACAUUUUGACUGCUAUCAGUGUUGCGCGCGAGUGCGAGAUGAUUGGUCUGAAGGAACAGGUGUUCAUCCCGCACUUUAUGGAAGAACCUGGGCUCGUCACUAAAACUUCCCUAUUAUGGGAGAGUGUAGAUAAUCCUGAUAUGAAACUGGAUCCAAGGACUCUUUUGCCUGUGGACAUCACUCCGGAAACAGAUCCAUCUGUACCCGGAAAUUCUCUACAGGAUCGUAAUUACUGCAUCGCCGUCACAGGAGAUGUGUUCAGAUGGAUGGUUGAUUUUGGAAAUGAAGAUGUGCUCAAAAAGGUUCUCGUAAGCGGAAAGGUCUUUGCCCGAAUGUCGCCCGAUGAGAAACAUGAACUUGUCGAGAAGCUUCAGUCAAUCGAUUACUGCUGUGGCUUCUGCGGAGACGGUGCAAACGAUUGUGGUGCGCUGAAGGCUGCAGAUGUUGGCAUCUCGCUGUCAGAUGCCGAAGCUUCUGUUGCGGCGCCGUUUACCAGCAGACUAUUCGAGAUUUCUUGCGUACCGAAGUUAAUCAGAGAGGGUCGGGCUGCUUUGGUGACAAGCUUCUGUUGCUUCAAGUUCAUGAGUCUAUACUCCGCUAUCCAGUUCUCCUCGGUUAGCCUUCUCUAUACGUCAGGGUCAAACCUCGGCGAUUUUCAGUUCUUGUUCAUUGAUUUGGCACUUAUCAUGCCAAUUGCCAUAUUUAUGGGUUGGACUGGCCCAUAUCCCACGCUUUCUCGAAAGCGCCCUACUGCAGACCUCGUGUCGCGAAAAGUUCUGACGCCUUUGCUAGGCCAAAUUUCACUAGUUGUUUUGGCCCAGCUUGGGAUCUUUGAAAUGGUGCAGCUACAGCCUUGGUUCAUUCCUCCUCAGCUCAACCGCGAAAAAAGCAACAUCGUCAAUUCGGAGAAUACUGCCUUAUUCCUAUUCUCCUGUUUCCAGUAUAUUCUAACUAGCAUUGUUCUGAGUGUUGGACCACCUUUCCGACAGCCUAUGACAUUGAAUGUUCCAUUCUUGUGUACCAUCAUCAUUGAUCUCGCAAUUGCAGGCUACAUGCUUUUCCGCCCAUCUGAUUGGAUAACCAACGUGAUGGAGCUGACCUCUAUGUCCGACGGCUUCCGAAUCUGGAUGGUGGCUCUGGCAUUUGGGAUCUUUGUACUGGCUUGGAUUGCCGAGUCAGUUUUUUUCCCUCGCCUUGCGCGCAUCAUUGGACAAGCCCGCACUCGUCUGCAACCGAACUACCAAAAGCAACGCCGCCAGUAUAAAGUCCUCCUGGAAGAGAUGGGCCGUUAG